ACGGAGAUUCCUCCUCUCACCUCUCGUAACUAACGCCUCUUACACGCUGGAGUUUUCGGGCACCAGAUCAGAUAUGAAGAUGCAGUCAUUAGUGACUCCUUUCAAAUUUUAGCCCGGUCCUUGCCCUGCAGAAUAACUUUGGGAGCUCGCAACGAAAAACAAACCCCCAUUCAUUUUAACCUACCGUUUCCGUUUUUGUUGCCGUGGUAACGAGGACGCACCGCCAUCCUAGCGAUCAUGGCCGGGCUGGGCAACGCGCAGAUCCCAGAUGGGGAGUUCACCGCCUUCGUGUACCGGCUCAUCCGCGAUGCCCGCCACGCCGAGGCCGCGCAGCUGCUGGGCGGAGAGCUCCAGCGGAGCCCGAGGAGCCGCGCCGGCCUGUCGCUGCUGGGCUACUGCUACUACCGCCUGCAGGAGUUCGCGCUGGCCGCCGAGUGCUAUGAGCAGCUGGGCCAGCUGCACCCGGAACUGGAGCAGUACCGCCUGUACCAGGCCCAGGCGCUGUACAAGGCCUGCCUGUACCCGGAGGCCUCGCGGGUUGCCUGCCUCCUCCUGGACAACCCCGCCUACCGCAGCCGUGUCCUCCGUCUGCAGGCUGCUAUCAAGUACAGUGAGGGCGAUCUGCCCGGGGCUAGGAGCCUCGUGGAGCAGCUGCUGAGCGGGGAAGCCGGAGAUGACAGUGGGGGCCAGGUCAACCUGGGUUGUUUGCUCUACAAGGAGGGUCAGUAUGAAGCCGCGUGUUUCACGUUCCUUGCGGCCCUGCAGGCCUCGGGUUACCGGCAUGACCUUUCUUACAAUCUCGCUUUGGCCUGUUACAGCAGCCGGCACUACGACGCGGCGCUGAAGCAUAUCGCCGACAUCAUUGAGCGUGGCAUCCGCCAGCACCCAGAGCUAGGUGUGGGCAUGACCACUGAGGGCAUUGAUGUUCGCAGUGUUGGCAACACCUUAGUCCUGCACCAGACUUCUCUGGUGGAAGCCUUCAACCUCAAGGCAGCCAUAGAAUACCAACUGAGAAACUAUGAGGCGGCCCGGGAAGCCCUCACGGACAUGCCACCCAGGGCAGAGGAAGAGUUGGACCCUGUGACCCUGCACAACCAGGCGCUGAUGAACAUGGAUGCCAGGCCUACAGAAGGGUUUGAAAAGCUGCAGUUUUUGCUUCAACAGAACCCCUUUCCCCCAGAGACCUUUGGCAACCUGUUGCUGCUGUACUGUAAGUAUGAGUACUUUGACCUGGCAGCGGAUGUCCUGGCAGAAAAUGCCCAUUUGACUUACAGAUUCCUCACACCCUAUCUCUACGACUUCUUGGAUGCCAUGAUCACUUGCCAGACAGCUCCUGAAGAGGCUUUCAUGAAGCUUGAUGGGCUAGCUGGGAUGCUGACUGAACAGCUCCAGAGACUCACCAUGCAAGUACAGGAAGCGAGACACAAUAGAGAUGAUGAAGCUGUCAAAAAGGCAGUGAAUGAGUAUGAUGACACCCUGGAGAAGUAUAUUCCCGUGCUGAUGGCCCAAGCAAAAAUCUACUGGAACCUUGAAAAUUAUCCAAUGGUGGAAAAGAUCUUUCGCAAAUCGGUGGAAUUCUGUAAUGACCACGAUGUGUGGAAGUUGAAUGUGGCUCAUGUUCUGUUCAUGCAGGAAAACAAAUACAAAGAAGCUAUCGGCCUUUAUGAACCCAUAGUCAAGAAGCAUUAUGACAGCAUCCUGAAUGUCAGUGCUAUUGUGUUGGCUAACCUGUGUGUUUCAUACAUUAUGACAAGUCAAAAUGAAGAAGCUGAAGAGCUGAUGAGGAAGAUUGAAAAGGAGGAAGAGCACCUCUCCUACGAUGACCCAGACAAGAAAACCUACCAUCUCUGCAUUGUGAAUUUGGUGAUAGGGACCCUCUAUUGUGCCAAAGGAAAUUAUGAUUUUGGUAUUUCUCGGGUUAUCAAAAGCUUGGAACCUUAUAAUAAAAAACUGGGGACUGAUACCUGGUAUUAUGCCAAAAGAUGCUUCCUGUCCUUAUUAGAAAAUAUGUCCAAACACACCAUCAUGCUUCGUGACAGUGUUAUUCAAGAAUGUGUUCAGUUUCUAGAACAGUGUGAACUCUAUGGCAGGAACAUACCUGCUGUUAUUGAACAACCUCUGGAAGAUGAAAGAAUACGUACUGGAAAGAAUACAGUCACAUAUGAGUCCAGACAGUUAAAAGCUUUGAUUUAUGAGAUUGUAGGAUGGAAUAUGUAGAAAUGUCUGAUAAUGGCUAUCAUAAUAAUGGCUUUACAUCUAUAUUUAGUACUGUUUAUCUGUUUAGCCAUUGCCAUCUUUACACUUGUUACAUGUUGGACUCUAUGUUUGAAAUUGUAAUAAUAAUUAGAUUAACCUCAUUUUUACAUCUUCACAAAGUGAAAUAGAAACUUUUGACACCUGAAUUUAUGAAAAUUCAAAAUUAGAUGGGGACACAUACUAUCAGAAUUUAGAGUACCUAUGUUCCCUGUCCUUUGUUAUCAUUUGUGUUUUAAUAAAUUUUGAGUUUCCUGCACAAGGAUUACGUUACCCAGCGAGUUGGUACUACCAAGCCCAGAACGCAGUAGUUGACAUAUAUGAUUUCUAGGUUUUUAAUAAUAUCAGGGAUUCUGUGUUCUGUUCUCACUACUUACCCUCUUAAUUAUAUUAAUUUGUAAUGCAUUUGUUUUACAAGAGUUUAGGAUAUUUGGGCAGGGUUUUUCAAUAUAGAUGUAAUGCUUUAUGCAAAGUUUCUUAGGUUAUAAAUGUUUGGUGUUUAUUAUUUUUAAUGUGCAAAAUUCAGUGAGAAAUGUGCCCUUAAUGGAAUCAUGGUGCUAUGGUGUAGAGACAAUAAAGAAUUUCACAUGA